AUGGAGAGGAAGGGCUCGGCGGCCGCGGCCAAGGGGAACCCGAGCCCGCCCGCGCCCGGCGAGGCGCAGCGGCCGCCGAUGUGCGCCCCGGGCGGCGGCGGCGGCGGCGGCGGCGGCGGCGGCGGCGGCGGGGUCCCGGCGCGCGGCCAGGCUGGGGCGGCGGCCGAGCCCGCCGAGUUCAUCCGGCGGGCGCACGAGUUCAAGAGCCAAGGGGCGCAGUGCUACAAGGACAAGAAAUUCCGCGAAGCCAUCGGCAAAUACCACCGGGCGUUGCUGGAGCUGAAGGGGCUGCUGCCGGCGCCCGGCGAGCAGGAGCGGGACUCGCCCGCGGCCCCCCCGCCCGGCCGCCUCUCGGAGGAGCAGAGCAAGACGGUGGAAGCCAUCGAGAUCGACUGCUACAACAGCCUGGCAGCGUGCCUGCUCCAGGCUGAGCUGGUGAAUUACGAGCGAGUCAAGGAGUAUUGCCUCAAAGUCCUGAAGAAGGAAGGAGAGAACUUUAAGGCCCUUUACCGGUCCGGUGUGGCCUUCUACCACCUGGGAGACUAUGACAAAGCACUCUACUACCUGAAAGAAGCGAGGACUCGACAGCCAACAGACACCAACGUGAUUCGGUACAUCCAGCUGACGGAGAUGAAGCUCAGCAGAUGCUCCCAGAGAGAGAAGGAAGCCAUGUAACAGCACCUCCCUGGAGCCGGAGCUGGAGCCGGAGCUGGAGCUGGAGCUGGAGCCGGAGCCGGAGCCGGAGCUGGAGCCGGAGCUGGAGCUGGAGCCGGAGCUGGAGCCGGAGCUGGAGCCGGAGCUGGAGCUGGAGCCAGAGCUGGAGCUGCAGCCGUGCGCCAGGGCGGGGACCUCCAGGCGGCCCCUGGUGAAGGGCCUCUCCUGGGGUUUGUUCCCUUCUCCCCGUUUCUUCCGGCUCCUCCUUCUUCCUCCUGCUGCCCUCAACAAUCUGUCCGCUCCCUGUGUGAAAAGGAGACGUGCAGAUUUGGGGUCUGGCGGGUGGCCUGCCAUGGAGACUCCCCCUCUCUGGUAGGGAGUCCGCUGCAGAGAGGGACCUAACUUCUUCAGGGACAGCUGGAGAGGACUCUUACUCGGGCUGAGCGUGCUGUUGCAGCUUUGACUUUGGCCAGUGCUUCCGACAGAGACAGAGCCCGACAGGUACAACCACCCCAGAGGCUGCGGCCCACGGGCCGGAUCCCUCCACACCUUCCGGACACACCAGAGCAUCUCAAGGCAGCCGUGACAAAUCCAGGGAUGAGACAAACACCAGAAGCAUUGGUGUUUGUGAAUUUGUACACUGGAUUCCCCACGCCCAGCCCCGGUAACCUCACCCCCUGCCUCCCUCCCUCCACUUGUUGUCUCGCCCCUGCUGGCUUCUCCCCCACUCGGGGAUCUGAGACUGCCAGGAUUCACAUGCCAUUGAAGCCCACUCUCAGUGCCCUCUGGUGACCACACAUACCAUCUCCCCGUGCUCCCACCCAGCAGGCAGCUGUGACAGCGGAGGGGCAGGGUGAAGCGGGCCAAGGCCUGAGCGCGUACACAGGUGACGCAGGGGAGGGGAGAGGACAUCUAGGGGAAGGAGCAUUGUAUAGCCUGGGGCUUUGAACUGUGGACUGAGUGAGUGUAAAUAAAAAUAAAUUAACAGGCAGCAAUUCCUGUCAUUUCUGUGGGAAGCAGCCCGCUCCCUCACUGUCACUCCCUCCCCCAACUCUGAGUCAGAGCUACUUACAGCCAGGCAGGACGGGGCUUCCCCCAAAGCAAGGGGCCAUUUGUCCAGUGGUAAACAAUGUUGGCUGCUGCCUUUGUGCAUUAGAGUGGGCUGGCGUUGUGGAGACUGCCCAGGGACUUGGCUUUGUGGGAACUUGUACAGCCUCCCUUUGAUGAAAUUAUCUGGACUCAAUAUCUCGCACAUAGAAUGUGUUCAACAAAUAUUUGUUGAAUGAAUAAGUUAUACUGCAGACUGGCUCUCCUGCCUUAAACUAAUUUUAUCCCAGCCUAGUCUCCUGAUAUCUAUACUCUUUACGCUCUGCCAUGUUGCUUCAGUCAAAUACGAAACAUUUACUGAGGGCUUAUUGUUUGCCUAUCAUUGUGCAAUACGCCGUGGGACAUAGGAUGUAGUCCCGGUCUUUAAGGAGAUGGAACAGUUGAGAAAUACUCAUAUGAGAUUAUCACCAAUGACACCUUUAAUUUAUAUGAUGCUUUAAAUUUUUCAAAGCACUUUCGUGUAUUUUUUUGUGUGAUUAGUGAGACAAUAUUGUACAAAUUAAAAUAUAUACAGAUGCAAUAAUGUUAAUAGUUAGCAUUUAUUAAAUGCACUAUCCUCAGACCCUUACAUGUAUAAUCUCAUUUCUUUCCUGCUAUUACCCUGUGAGAUACUAUUCCCAUUAGGUGGAUAAGGAAACUGAAAACCAGAAACAUUAACUCUCCCAAGGUUAUAUGGCCUUAAGUGACAUAGCUAGGGUUUGAACCAGGUCUGUCUGACUCCAGAGCUCUAGCUACUAACUAUGCUAAAGUUAGCUGCUGCUCUACAAAGUAUUAUAUUGAGCCGUUACAAUCACUGGAGAGCAGGACAGUGCAUAUUAAGUUGAAGAGCCUUGACUAUGCGAAUGAUGAUACGUGGGCUGCCUCUGUAUUUAGCCCAAGGUUAAAAAAGAUCCCUAACACCAGACUCGCUAGUGGUCAGGGCAGUGACAGGCCAGGAAAAAGACAACUGAGACCUAGAAGUUAUUUCUGUGUAUUAUUCAUUCUACUUUCUGAUGUCAGCGCCUAUCCAAACCCACCUAGAGGUUCCCCACCCCCCCCCCAGCAUUGGGGAAGGUUCACAAUUAUAGGUAGAGAUUGAAAAGAAACACAAAGUUAAUUAUGGGUUCUUUGUGUAAUCAGAGGUUCUACCUCUGCAGGAGUUAAUCACUGCUGAGGGACCCAGAAGCCAGCAGUCCAGGUUAUAUUCACAUAGCUCCUGAAAGGCUUCCAACGGGGCUUCAAGAAGGUGCUAGAAAUAUCCAGGGGCCCACAGUUGCUUGCCUAUAGCUCACUUCUGGGGAAGAGGAAAAGGAAAAUGCUGUUAUAGCUGCCACAUUCUCCCCACCCCUACCAUAUCCUUCCCUCUGCUCUCUUCUUCCAGAAUGGUUCCACACGUCCCCCACUCAGAACCCUCCUGCAGCAUACAUAGCAUAGGCAGAUGUGCAAACCUCCCCUGCCCCUCCCCCGCUCCCAAGCCUCCAGCCCAGAAAGCUUGUGAGUUGACAAACUGCUUGUCAGGGUCUGAAGGAUGAGGAUGAGGUAGGUCAGAGGCGGACUGCAGAACCAGUUCAGAGUAAUAGGGUUUCCUUUGGUCUUCAUACCAUCAGGAAAGAUCAGGCUAUUCCCAAGAUGGAGCAAGAGAGAGGUCUUGCCUCAGCUAGUAAAUUGAGGCAGAGCUGGACAGAUGGGGAUAAGUUUGUCAACAUCCCUCUACAGAGAAAGGUGGAAAACCAGCACCAGGUGAGGACAACCCUGGGCACAGGCCAUCUGCCCAUCUGGUGGUUCACUUACACAUGCUUACUGGAAUCCAUUCACUGUGACCCAAAGUUAAGUGAUCCCAAAGUAAAAAGUUGCCUGGGGGGUAUUGUUCGAUAUUUGGGGUGGAGUGAUUGAAUUUGCUGUGUUUGUCCAUCAGAGACUUCAGAAAGCUGUUAAGCAAAAUCAAGUCUAUUCACCUCAGCAGACCUUCCAGCUUCCUGUUUCCCAUCCCUCUCCAAAACAGGGACUGUGAUUUAAUUACACGCUUUGUUUGCAGAUGUCACUGCUGAACUAUACCUGGAGCACUAAUCCUGGAAUUGACCUGCUUUGUCAUCUCCUGCUUGGACUUUUGUGAUAGACUCUCUGGGGAAAAAAAUUAUACUUUUCUUGCUAUUGUCAUGAAAGCUUCACAUGUGUAUUGUAGAAAUUUUAGUGGGGGGAAGAAAAAGACAAACCCCAACCCGUCAUCCUAUCACCCAAGACAAACAUUGCUAUUCUUUUGGACUUAUUUUUCAGUUCUUUUUGGUAUAAAUGUACACAUGCCAUGCAGUUUUGUUUUGCUUUGUUUUUACAAAAACUGGAUUACACUGUAUAUACUCUUUAGUAAUUUACUUUUCAAAAUGUGUAUUUAUAUUUUAGAUAUGUAGUACAUACACAGAUACAAAAUUCAAAAAGGACAAAAAGCCCUACAGUAAGAAGUAAAUCUCCUUCCCACCCUGUCUGCCAGCAUCUAGUUUCCCUCCAAUUACUUGUACUGUACAUCCUUCCAGAAACAUUUAUGCAUUUUCAAAUAUAUGUGUAUAUAUUCUUUUGUCACAAAUGGUAGCAUAUCAGACACACUUUUUGCACCUUUUGCUACUUCACUUACUAUAUCAUGAGCGAAACAUUUUUUGUGCGUCUCUCAAACUUUUUCAACAGCAUCCUCAUUAUGCGGAUAGACUCUCAUUUUGUAAUUGGUCUCCUUCUAGUGAUUAUUUCAUUUGUUCCCAUUCUCUAUUGUAAAUAAUGUUGCAGCAGACAUUCUUAUAGCUAAAUUUUGCACACACCUAUGGCUAUUUCCUUGGGAUAAAAUCCAAGAAGGAAAUUGCUUGGCUAUCUUUAAGAAUUUUGAUAUAUGUUGCCAACCGCCCUCAGAAAGUUUGUACUAAACUUUACACUCUCCUAUUUUCAGGCUUGAGAGUGCCCUGUUCCCUGCAACCUCACUAACAGUGGGUAUUGUCACUUACCAAAUCUUUACCAGUCCGGUAUGAAAAUAAUAGUAUGUCAAUGUUAUUUGAACUCACACUUCUUUGACUGUUAGUGAAUAACAUCCUCAAAUGCCUACUGACCAUUUGUACUUGUUUCUUUGUGAUUUUUCUAUUUAUUUGAUAUUGGUAUGUUUACCUUUAUUAUCAAUAUGUAAUUUUAUUAAGAAUAUUAUUUUUGUCAAGAAACAUUGCAAAUAAUGCUUUCCAAGUGCUUUGCUUUCAAAUUUUGUUUAUGGUGCUUUUUGACACACAUAAAUUCUUAAUUCUGCAAUUAA